AUUUCAAAAGCCACCCCCAACAGAGAAUUAGUCGACCGUUGGGUAGAAAACGACAAGAAAGAAAGAAGAAGAAGAAGAAGAAGAAGAAGCAGAAGCACAGCAAAACCACACAAAGUGCCCACAAACGAAGACACCACCGUAUGAUGAUGAUGAUGAGACGCCAUGGCUGGCAACGCCCUCUCCACUCUCUACAGGUCAAAUUUCUUUCUAACACUUUCAACUUCUGGAUAGUGGGAAUGGCAGUUUACAGUUUUCUGGUUGUAGCCUUCUACGUUUUCCUGGGUCUUUUCCUAGGAAACAGGACAGCCGAGAUCACGGUCACCACGCUAUUUUCCUUUGCGGCCCUCUCUGUUAUGUUUCUGUUUAUAAGGUGUACGGCCAUCGACCCAACUGACAAAACCAGCUUUAGGAAGAAGAAAAGAGCCAAAUCUAAGCGUGGAUUGGUGAAGCUGAAAUAUGGGUUUAUAAUGGGUCAGAUAGUUGUGAGGUUUUUAAGGAGGGUAGAAAGGAAGAUCCUUAGGACUUUUAUAAGGAGGAAGUAUUUGGAUCCAUGGAAGACCAGUGCCCAAAUGGAGCCCUUGCUUCCAUUUCCCCUUGUUAUGAAGGAUGAUGCUAUAGCACCCCAUCUGAAAGAGGAUGACAUCUCAUUUUGCUCACUAUGCGAUUUUGAGGUAAAAAAGCACAGCAAGCAUUGUAGGACCUGCAACCGGUGUGUUGAAGGAUUUGAUCACCAUUGCAGGUGGCUAAACAACUGUGUUGGGAAAAGGAAUUACACAACCUUCAUUCUUCUAAUGAUCUUCGUCUUGUUGAUGCUAAUCAUAGAAGGAGGAACUGCCCUUGCUAUAUUCAUCAGGUGCUUUGCAGAUAAAAAGGGAAUUGAGAAGGAGCUGGUGAGGAAGCUCUGUUUUCAGUUCCCUAGAGAGGUUCUUGCCACAAUAUCGGUACUUCUGUUCCUGAUGACAGCUUAUGGUUCAGCAGCACUAGGACAACUUUUCUUCUUUCAUGUGGUUCUCAUUCAGAAGGGAAUGAGAACUUACGACUACAUCUUGGCAAUGAAAGAGGAGAACCAAUCUAUGGAAGUAGAUCCUUUUGACGAUUCUGAUUUCUCGUCUGAUGAAAGCACUGAUUUUGAUUCACCUGAAAAACCAUCAUUUGUGUCACGGUUUGUAUGCAAAGGAUGCAGGGGAAAUCAGAACCCGCCAAGGUUGUCCAUAAGGAUUGAUAGAGAUCCCGAGCCAUCUAUAUCUUCCAACAAACAAGGCUUCCGCGUAAGCAUUGACCCAUGGAAGCUGGUAAAGUUGAGCAGAGAAAAAGCUCUAAUAGCAGCUGAGAAGGCCAGAGAAAGGCUCAUGAAACAGAAGCCAAUGGUGGAACAUGAUUCAUUAAAGCCACUACCUCUGGAGACUAAAUCCGGACCACUGAUGAACACAGACGAGAAUUUGUCCAAUGCAGCAACAGGCUCAACACCUCUCAUUUUAAAAGGAAGGCAUCCGGCCUCACCGGGAAGUUUUUCAAGCCCAAGAAGGCGAUUUUCUGGAUCUCCAACCAUGUUCUCUGGCAUUGUGGCAUCACCAAAGCACAAGUACAGAAGCAAUUUCGACUUGAAGUUAACAGAGGUGUCCAGGGAACUUGAAAACUACAUUUCAAGGCAGGUUUUAUGUUCUGUCAUCAAGAAGGAUGGAAGUGAGGCAUCCCCAAGAUAGGCGUCAUGUUUAAAGACUUUGGAUUCUCAGCCUUUGAGAAGGAAUUAUUUAUUGGUUGUGUGUAUUAUUGAUGGAGAUGAUAACAGGUGAAAUUCAAAUUUUUAUACAUUACCUCACAUUUGUAAUUUAACAGUUACUGUUACAAAUUAUAUAUGGAUUCUUUGAGGCUGAGAA